UUUCAUAAUGCGACUAUUUACACUUUGCGUGUAUUUAUGGUUGCAUGAUAUUUUCGUAACAAAAUACAUCGUCAAAACAAUGAAUGUACCAUCGAGACCUGUGUCCGAGAUAAUUAAAAGUUCGGACAAUGAUGAGCCGAUAAAGCGUUCACGUGCAGAUUGGAAAAAAGCUAAAGAGCUUGAAGAGGCUCGUAAACUUGGCCAAGCUCCUGCCGAAGUUGAUGAAGAGGGAAAGGAUAUCAAUCCUCAUAUACCACAGUAUAUAAGUACAACACCUUGGUAUUAUGGUGCAGCCGGCCCAACGCUAAAACAUCAAAAAGUUUUUGAUGAUAAAAACAAAAAUAAUGCAACAUUACAUGAUAAAUUUGUUCGUGGUCUAAAAGGUCGUACGGCCACGAAAUUCCGUAAAGGAGCAUGCGAAAAUUGUGGAGCUAUGGGACACAAGAAAAAAGAAUGUUUUGAACGACUAAGAUCAAAAUUGGCCAAAUACACUGGUGAAGAUAUAGUUCCAGAUGAUGUACUAUUGCCCAAACUUAAAUAUGAUUAUGAUGGUAAACGUGAUCGUUGUAAUGGUUAUGAUCCAGUCAUGUAUCGUUCGGUAAUUGAAGAACAUCGUAAAGUAGAAGAGGCCAAACAGAUUUUAAAAGAAGAAAAACUUGAACAAGAUUCGAUAAAUACCGAAGGAAAUUCUGAUGAAGACGAAAAAUAUGCCGAUCAUAUUUACAUGUCUGGAACUAAAGUCGAUAGUAAACAGCGUAUCACUGUUCGUAAUCUUCGAAUUCGGGAAGAUACGGCCAAAUAUCUUCGAAAUUUGGACAUUGAUUCUGCUUAUUAUGAUCCUAAAACUCGAUCAAUGCGUGAUAAUCCAUACAAACAUACUGGAAAAACACCCGAAGAAUUGCAUUAUGCUGGUGAUAAUUUUAUUCGAUAUAUGGGUGAAACACAAAAAGUGUCUCAAGCUCAAUUGUUCGCUUGGGAAAUGUCCGAAAAAGGUGUGGAUAUUCAUCUACAGGCUGAACCCACAAAAGCUGAGAUGAUUCAUCGAGAAUUGGAUUUAAAAAUGAAUGAUUUAAAAGAAACAACCAAAGAAUCUAUCCUAAAUAAAUAUGGUGGUAAAGAUUAUUUGGAAGUGCCACCGAACUCUUGACAUUGACUAGUACUUGAUGAUUUUUAUUUCUACUGGUCCUUAUUAUUUUUGUUAAUUGACAAUAAAAACGAAAUUAAUUUUUA